AGCCUCAAAUAUGAAGUUUGUGAAUCUCUUUGGACGUUUGAAAGCUAACAUUAUUGGCAUGAUUCACGUUCGAGCCUUGCCGGGCACCCCACUGUGCAAGGCAACUGUUCCCGAGAUUACCGAGGAGGCAUGCCGAGAAGCGGAAAUUUACCACCAAGCAGGACUUGACGGUUUGAUCAUUGAGAACAUGCAUGACGUUCCUUACACUUUUAACGUGGGCCCAGAAGUGUGUGCUUCGAUGACAGCUGUGUGUGCUGCAGUGAGAGGCAUGUAUCCCUCCCUCCCCCUUGGAAUCCAGAUCCUGUCUGCUGCUAACCAGGCUGCUUUGGCUGUUGCUCUUGCUUCAGGGCUUGAUUUUAUCCGUGCUGAGGGUUUUGUCUUCUCUCACGUUGCUGAUGAGGGUUUGUUAAAUGCAUGUGCUGGAGAUCUCUUGCGAUAUCGGAAACGGAUCGGAGCGGAAAACGUGCAGGUUUUUACGGACAUUAAAAAGAAGCACAGUGCUCACUCCCUGACCUCUGACGUGAGUGUAGCUGAGACAGCCAGAGCAGCUGAGUUCUUCCUCUCUGACGGGCUCAUAGUGACUGGAACCGCCACCGGAGUCCAAACAGACCCGGCAGAACUCAGAGAAGUGGCACAGUCUGUAAGAAUUCCAGUUUUGAUUGGCUCAGGAGUGACUCAUGACAACUUGGAACAUUACCUUGAUGCUAAUGCAAUGAUCAUUGGCUCUCAUUUUAAGAAAGGAGGCUACUGGGCCAAUGGCGUGGAUCCAGAAAGGGUGAAGAAGUUCAUGGGAAAACUACAUGAACUCAGGAAAUGAAGAGAGCAUGAAUGAUGCUGGAUUUAAAUUUGUGGAUCACAGCAGAUUUGAGGUGCUAACAGGUCAAAUGUUCUUUGGUGUGUGUGUGUACAAAACAAACCUGAUGUAAUGAUACUGAUGCAAGCCCAUUUAACUAACCGAAUAAAGUAUCAGACCAUA